AUGGAUGGUUUAAGUUUUGGUUCUGCUGAUAUGCUUAGCUCCUCUUCCACAUCGGAGCUUAUGAAUUUUGAGUCUUUUUCUACAUGGUUUAACAGCCCUUAUGUGAAUGAUGUCUUGUUCUCGCAAUAUGGUCUAUCGACUUCUCAACCUAUGAUCCCCUUUGGAGCUACCACUUCAUCUUCUGCUACUUCUUCAGGUCUCACUCGUUCCUUCCCUGAUUUUGAAAGCUCUUACUAUGGUGAAGGAAGAUCAUCAGUACAGCAAAUGAGCUCUCAGUUUCAUCGCUCGUUAGAUAGGGAUGAGUUAAGUGGUAAACGACGCAGGUUUAGUAAUCAGAAGAAUGGGUUUCCUUGUACUAUUCCCAGGUCUUUGAGCCAUUCGUUAGAUGAGAAGAUGCUUAAGGCAUUAAGCUUGUUUAUAGAGUCCUCAGGUUCAGGAGAGGGCAUUUUAGCUCAAAUCUGGACUCCUAUCAAGGCAGGAGACCAGUACAUGCUCAGUACUUGUGAUCAGGCCUAUUUGCUUGACCCCAGGCUUUCUCAGUACCGUGAAGUGUCAAGGAAAUUCACUUUUGCAUCUGAAGCAAAUCAAUGUUCCUCUCUUGGUCUCCCUGGCCGAGUGUUCAUCUCUGGAGUACGUGAGUGGACAUCAAACGUGAUGUAUUACAAGAGGGAUGAGUAUCUGCGUAUGAAGCAUGCAAUAGAUAAUGAAGUCCGUGGCUCCAUUGCAAUACCUAUCCUUGAACCAACUGGGACAUCUUGUUGUGCUGUCAUGGAGAUCGUCACAUCCAAGGAAAAACACAAUUUUGAUAUGGAGAUGGACUCUGUUUGCCGUGCUCUUCAGACUGUAAACUUACAGACAUCAGCGAUCCCUCGGCCUCAGGUAACAUCUAAGUCAUACAAAAACAUUGAGUUUAUGUCUCAGUCUAAUGGCAUUUCUGCUUUGCAGUGCCUUUCAAGUAAUCAAAGAGAAGCCUUAGCUGAAAUAAAAGAUGUUCUGCGAGCAGUAUGCCAUGCACACCAGCUGCCUUUAGCUCUAGCCUGGAUUCCUUGUAGUUAUGAAUCAAAUUCAGGUGAAAACUGUGUUCUCUGCGUAGAGGAGACAGCUUGUUAUGUGAAUGAUGUGGAGAUGGAAGGUUUUGUGAAGGCCUGUGUGGAGCAUUGUCUAUCUAAAAAGGAAGGAAUUGUUGGCAAAGCUUUUGUAUCAAACCAACCGUUCUUUUCUUCUGAUGUGAAGGCAUAUGACAUCAGUGAGUAUCCUCUUGUUCAUCAUGCUCGUAAGUACGGUCUCAAUGCUGCUGUUGCUAUAAAACUGAGGAGCACUUACACCGGUGAAGAUGAUUACAUACUUGAACUUUUCUUGCCUCUAAGUAUGAAAGGAAGCUUGGAACAACAGCUUCUAUUAGACAGUCUUUCGGGUACUAUGCAGAGAAUUUGUCGAACUCUGAGAACUGUUUCAGAUGUGGGGGCAACUAAGAACGAAGGUAGUAAAGCUGGACUUGGGAGUGGAGAGAUGUCUAACUUGCUGCAGACCACAUGUUUAGGAAACUUUCAGACAAUAGUAUUAGAUUCCAAUAUGUCCUCUGAUAAAGAUAACAGUAGUACAGGAUCUCAAGCCUCUUUUGAGCAGGAUAUGAGCAAAGCUAGACCACCAGAGAAGAAGAGAAGCACCACAGAGAAAAAUGUGAGCUUAAGCGUUCUCCAACAACAUUUCUCUGGGAGUCUAAAGGAUGCUGCAAAAAGCCUUGGCGUUUGUCCCACUACAUUAAAGCGGAUAUGCAGACAGCACGGGAUCAUGAGGUGGCCAUCUCGUAAGAUUAACAAAGUGAACAGGUCAUUAAGGAAAAUACAGACGGUGCUUGACUCGGUCCAGGGUGUAGAAGGAGGACUCAAGUUUGACUCGGCAACAGGCGAGUUCGUUGCAGUUGGCCCUUUUAUCAGUCCAUCUUCUAAUGGUAACAAUGCACAUGUAAGAGGAAGUCAGGAGGAUAUGGCUGAAGCUAAAUCAGUCGACAAUGCAAUUAAGUUAGAGGACGACAUCAUCAAGAACGGGUCAUUCAUGGAGGUGAAUGCUAGUGGUCAACAAUGGGCUUGUUUGGAUAAACAGUCUGACUUCAAUGACAGUGAAGGAAUAAAGAACAAUGGCAAGUUAAGCUCUCCGAUUACAGAUGGCAUGGAAACAACAAUGCAAUCCAUGUCAGAUUCAUCAAAUGGCUCAGGCGCAGUUAUGAUGGGAAGCUCAUCUACUACUUCCAUGGACGAUAGGAACCAAAUGAGAACUCAUAAAAGUAGUAGCGGCCAAAGUGAGUCACCAACGCUCACUGUAAAGGCCACUUAUAAAGAAGACACAAUACGUUUCAAGUUUGAGUCAUCAGUUGGGUGUUCACAGAUAUACAAAGAAGUUGGUAAACGCUUUAAACUGCAAGACGGUUCGUUUCAACUUAAGUACUUAGAUGAUGAAGAAGAAUGGGUGUUGAUGGUUACAGAUUCUGAUCUCCAAGAAUGCUUGGAGAUAUUAUAUGGUAUGGGAAAACACACAGUGAAGUUUCUUGUUAGAGAUUUGCCUGUGCCUAUAGGUAGUUCUGGUGGCAGCAACUGUUACCUAGGAACAGGUUUAUAACAUCUACUGCUCACUUAUGCUUUCCCUUGUGAAAGAAUCUUCAUAUAUUAGUUUGCUUGUAAAGAAAGGCAUGAAGGAG